CCACACCACAGGUUGACUCACAGCUCAGCAGCUAGGGCGGUGUCUGACUAUAAAGUCUCUGCUGCACUUUUUCCCGACCUCUGAACAUUUCCACCACUCCUCUGCACGUUCAAACACACCUCAGCAGCCAUGCCUUCAGAACUGGAGACCGCUAUGCAGUCACUCAUCACGGUGUUCCACCGCUACGCCUCCAAGGACGGCAAAAAGGACGGCAAAAAGGACACACUAAGCCGAAAAGAGCUCAGAGAGUUGAUGGAGAACGAGCUGUCUAACUUCCUCAAGUGUCAGAAGGACCCUGCCACUGUGGACAAAAUCAUGAAGGACCUGGACACCAACGGUGAUGGCGUGGUUAGCUUUGAGGAGUUUGUUUCUCUGGUUGUUGGACUUUCCAUUGCCUGUGAGCAAUUAUAUACGACCAGCAUGAAUAAGAUGGGGAAGAAAUCAAUCAUCAUGACUAACGUCCAGAAGGCCAUGGCUCUCCUCAUUGAAACCUUCGAUAAAUACGCCAGCAAGGAAGGAGCCAGGGACACCCUGACUAAGGGAGAGCUGAAAGAUCUGCUUAAGAAUGAAUUUGGGGAUCUGCUGGGGAAGGCCAAUGACACAACGGCGGUGGAUCGCCUCUUCCAGGGCCUGGACGCAAACCAGGACGGCAGUGUGGACUUCAACGAGUUCACAAACAUGGUCAGCUGCCUCACCGUGAUGUGCCACCAACACUUCUGCAAAAAAUAGGAUUCCAAGUGCCACCUUGGGGCCAGCAUAGAGAGCUGCAUUCCUGUGAAAUAGAUCCCAUGACAGCUGUUCUGAUAAGGAAUAAAUAUUAACUCCUAUUAACUAAAUUACCAUGAAGGCACAACACAUUAUAUUGUAACGCACAAUGAAAUAAACUUCUUUCUUUAAAACAC